UUUUCCGUAGGAGGAGCCUGACUAACCGUAGUUCAGCGCGCUUGUUUCCGUUCGCUAGGAAAACACGGAAACGUUCAACACACGCGGAACGCCAAUUUGAAAACACCAGGAAUAUACACCACAGACGGAACGCGUCUCCAUAACGCAGCGCGGCAGUGGGAUUAUCUGACCGGGUCUUUGGCCCUCUGUGGUACCUCUCUUGUCCUGCCCAGCUCCGUCUCUCUCUGUCUGGACAACCGUGGCAUCGAUCACUCCCUUAUAAUACCAUUUCCCCCCAAGAAGGGCUCUGGGAGCAUGAUACAAUUGGUCUUCAGACUUCUCUGUUUUUGCAUUUUAUGGAUGGGCGGCUUUUCAGCAUCUGUAACUCGGGCCACCCUCCAAUCAGAUGUGCAGUGCGAUGACCGUGGCAUGUGCAGUAAAGGAUCCGUGCGUGUGUAUGAUGGAGAGGUGGCGUGGCUGUACUGUCCUCUCUUCUCUUAUCCGACGCUCUACAGUUACAGUCAGACUCAGAACAGCAGUCUGUCACUGUUGUGGUACAAACAAACACAGGAGCUGGAGCAGCCCAGACUGCACAAGGACAGAGAAUAUCUGUGGAUCCAACCGGCCACAGAGCAGGACGCUGGACUGUACAUCUGUAUGCUCCGCAACAUUUCAUUGUGUGUGAAGAUCGGUGUGGAGCUGGAGGUCAUUCAUCGGGACGGAGAGUGUGACAUCAACGCUCGACCGCACCUGAACAUAUCUAUACCGUUCCAGAGUGAACGCACCCUCGCCUGUCCUGACCUGCACAGUAUCACACUGCCCAACAGCACACACUCUGUCACCUGGUACCAUCAGUGCAAGACCAAAUUGUCUACAUUGGACCGAGAGCUGAAAGGUGACGAUGUCGUGAUCUACAUCAUGUUGAGUCCGUACGUUGGUGUCUACACAUGUGUGGUUUCAUACCAGAUGAACGGACACACUCUCAAUUUCACACGCACACUAAACAUCACAGCUGUUGUUCCUGAUGUUGGCAAUAAAGAGCCCCUUAUUCUGAAUCCUGCUAAAGAUCAGAUCUACUCUGUCACUCUGGGUAGAAAGGCAGAACUGUCUUGUCGAGUGCAUCUGCCUCACCUGUACGAGGAGAUUCAGGAGAUAUGGUGGACCAUUGAUGACAAAACGGUGGAACAGCUCGCCGACCCACGAUUCACCUCACCGGAGGCCACGACUGAGAUUGAUCAUCACGGCGAUCAGACUAAACAGAGGUUCCUGUACGUGAUGGAUCUCUCCGCUGAUGACCUGCACAGAGAGUUCAACUGCUCAGCCAGAAACAGUCGCGGCUUCAACACCAGUAGAGCCGUACUCAAGCCAGAACCGUAUGUCCCUACUCUGGAGUUGGGUUUUGGGUUAGGUGUGACUCUCGCCCUCAUGUUGAUGAUGUUUGCCGUCUAUCACCUGUUCUGGCUGGAACUUCUGCUGCUAUACCGUUCCUGGUUCGGCUCAGAUGAGAGAUGCACAGAUGAUAAGAAGUAUGACGUGUACAUCUCGUACGCCCGGAACAGUGAAGAGGAAGAGUUUGUGCUGUCCACGUUGCGUCGAGUUCUGGAGACAGAGUUCGGUUACUCCGUCUGUAUAUUCGACCGGGACAGUCUCCCAGGAGGGACUAUAACAGACGAUACACUGAGGUUUGUGGGUCAGAGUCGCAGGCUGGUGGUUGUUGUCAGUCCGUGCAGUGCCGUCCGCGGGACGCAGGCCCUCCUCGAGCUGCAGGCCGGCUUAACCUGCAUGCUUCACGGCGGCAGCCUCAGGGUGGUUCUAAUCCAGUUUAAACCGGUUCGGAGGCAGAACUGGGUCAAAGAGCUGCGGCGUGCCCGCCUGGCACUGAAGCUCGUACGCUGGCAGGGAGAGAAAUCGGCUCCGCUAUCCUCGCGAUUCUGGAAACAGCUACAACUGGAGCUACCCAUGAGAAAAAACACACACAACACUGACACACACGACACACACACACUGCUUACAGAAGACACACAACACAUCGACAUGCACUCAUAUACACACAAUAACACACACACACAAAAUGCACUUAGUGGAAAAGAGAAACUAGAAGACCCUUAUUCUACAAGUGCAUUAUAGUUCAGACAUACAGUACUCAUUCAAGCAGUAUGAGUGUUGUCAUUUACAAUGUUACAAAUGACUUUUUUAUUCACAUUAAUGGGAUAAUGCAGUAAAAAAUAGCCACAGUAAAAUUACUGUAAAGUGUAUUAUGGUAGGAUGUUUGUAUGCUGUAUAUUAAAUACAGUACUGUAGCACAAAACCACCGUAAGCAAUGGUACAGAAGAGCUAACUGCAGUUACGUGAUAAAAUAAUUAAAUUCUGAGGCCAAAAGAUAAUAAUAAAAAAGUAUUUAAUGUACCACAUAUAACGAUUGCAAAAUAGGGAUAUCUAGUAAAAGUACAAAAGGACCUCAAAUAUCAUACUCUCAUAAAUGGUGGGGAAAAAAAAAAUAUGGGAAAAAUCUGUCAUUAUUUUCUCAUCCUCAUGCCAUUCCAAACCCAAAUGCUGAAAUGUUUUCCUGUCAAACACAAAGAAUCCUUUUUGAAGUAUCUUCAGAAUUCUUUAUUUCAAAAAAUGACUGUUAAUAUCAAGCAUGCUUGAUAGAGGUGGAACGGAGGUGUGUUCCAUUGCAUUUGACAGUUAUUAAAUGGAACUUUCACAUGUUACUUAUUUGAAAAAGUAUCUUUUUUCAAAUAAGCCAUUGUAUUAUUGUGCUAUGAGUAACAUUCUUUAAACUGGUUACAUUUGAAAAGUAGCUUGAUUAUGUAAUGUGCAUUUCUUCUAGCCACUAGAGGGCAGAAUCCUGUAUGUUUUUGUGCCUUAUUAAUUCAUCAGAAUGUGUUUAUUCAAACAUCUCAUUAUAGUAGCGUGUUUUUUUUAACGCAUUAUUGUUCAUACAAGUAAUUGCACUGAAUUAUUGUAUUCAAUUGACAUGAAAUUAAAAUGCAUUUAAAGCUUAAUUUAUCUAAUUCAUGUUUUUUGGGUUGUUUUUGUCAUUCUGUUUUGAAUCUUUUCUGAUCAUGUCAUGUAAAGUUUGU